UUAUUUACAGAAAUGUGUUUUUAGCAUGUAAAAGUAAAUUUUCUUGCUGUGAACUUAAUCAACUGUUGUGUCAAAGCAAAUUGAUUCAGGUAGACAAACUUAUAUACAUGUUGAUGAAUUUCCAACAUAUAAAACCAUGUGAUUGAAACUAGCUAAAGAUUAGCCUGAAUUGCUAAGAGAUGGGGUUUUUGUUAAAAUGGUGACUGUGGGGUAAGGUGAGACUAGUGUUUUGGGGUAAAGUGAGACACUGUCUCACUUUACCCCACCAUGAAGCACAACUUAAGUUUGCUCUUAAACAUAUUUUAUUGUAAUAUUACAUUACAUAUGUUUUAUUUUUAAUGUCAUAAACAUUGUAGAAAACCGAGAUCAUGCCGAGGCAGUACCAGAGGAAGACUUCCUGGGGCCAAACACCCCUGGCAGAUAUGGAGAGAGCAGCAGAUGAGGUUAUAAGAGGGCAAACGUCCCUUAGACAAGCUGGAAGGGACAGCAACAUAGAUAAAUCGACCCUGAUGGUCGAGGUUCAUUAAAAAAAAAAAAAGGGGGGAAGUGAAGUCAGUGGCCUGGGGUGCCGUAGCCGAGGCAAAGAGAGUGUUGAGUGAUAAGAUGGAGGAGGAGCUGGCAAACCACCUUAAACAACUGGCUGCCCAGUUUCAUGGCCUUGCUCCAAACAAGUGCCGUGAACUGGCAUUUGAAUUUGCUCAGAAAAACCUUGUCAGUGUCCCUGACAAUUGGACCAAGAAGCAGUGUGCAGGAGAGGAUUGGUUUGGCAACUUUUUAGCGCGUCGCCAACUAUCUGUACGGACCCGAGGCAACGUCCCUUGGAAGGGCUACGGCCUUCAACAGAACUACAGUGGGGGAGUUCUUUGAUAACCUGGCAACAGUGAUGGACAGGCACAGAUUCCUGCCACAUAUGAUUUUUAAUGUGGAUGAAACGGGGGUAUCUACUGUUCAAAAGCCACGGCAGGUGGUGGCAGAGAGAGGCAAGAAACAAGUUGGAUCCAUAACAUCGGCUGAAAGGGGAGAACUUGUCACUGUGAUAUGUGCAGUGAAUGCAGCGGGGAAUAGCAUACCUCCAAUGUUCAUCUUCCCCAGGGUGAGAUUCAAGGAUGGCUUCCUGAUUGGAGCCCCUCCAGGAGCCAAAGGUACCUCCACCCGAACAGGGCGGAUGAAUGAGGACACCUGGCCUGAGUUCCUGGACCACUUAAUAAUCCACACAAAGUGCACUCCAGAACACCCCAUGCUGCUAGUCCUGGACAACCUGAGGGCGCACAUCUCCCUGAAAGCCGUUGAAAAGGCCAAGAGCAAUGGCAUUGUGCUCCUCACCCUUCCACCUCACACAUCACAUCGGCUGCAGCCUCUUGAUGUGACAGUGUAUGGGCCGUUCAAGACAUUCUACAGCAGAGCACUUGAUGGGUGGAUGCGUGACAACCCUGGCAAAACGGUCUCAAUAUACCAAAUUCCAGGACUGGUAAAUGAGGCCUUCUUGACAGCAGUGACACCAAGGAACAUCACCUCAGGGUUCAAGUCCACUGGGAUUUUCCCAUUUAAUCGUGACAUUUUCCAUGAGGAAGCCUUUGCACCGUCCAUGGUGUCAGACCGGCCAAAUCCCGAGCCUCAGCCUGCACCCAUGCCUGGUCCAUCUGCUUCUGACAAUCCACCCCCUGCAGAUGAACCACCUUCUGCAGAUGAACCUCUCACUGAUGGCAAUGCACGUCCGUCGGGAGAUGAUGGACCUGUGUCAUCACAUGCAUGUGCCUCACCAGCUGCAUUGGAAAUGCCACGAAAUGCCAGAGAUCCUGGAUAUAUCUCUCCUUCUGAAAUCUUGCCACUUCCCAAAUGUCCCCCAAGAGCACAAACAAAAAGGAAGCGUGUUAAGACAGCCAUCCUCACUGAUACUCCGGAGAAAAAGAUCAUUGAAAAGGCUUAUGAAGAAAGACAACAGAAACUGGCAGGGAAAAAACAAAACAGCAAAGAAAUGGGGAAACCAAAAAAGAAAGCACCCAAAAAGAAAAUCAUCAUAGACAGCAGCUCUGAGGAUGGCGAUUUACCUGUCCCACUUGAAGAUGACAUAGAGAGCUCUGAGGAUGAGAGUGAUCCCGGAAACACACAUCUGUCCGUGGGUGACUUUGUCAUCGUUAACUUUGCAACCAAACAUAGGAGUCUCCGUUAUGUUGGCAUGGUGGAGAAAGUUGAGGGUGAGGAAAUACUCACUCAAUUCCUCAGAAGGAUCCAGGGACACAAAAAAUGGGAGAGACCGACAUUUGCCAUCAAAGAUAAAGGUGUGGCACAUGUCCCUAAAGGUGAUUUGGUGAAGAAGCUGCCUCAACCUAAUAGGCCUGGAGGAACCACAAGGAGAGAGCAACUCUUCACCUUUCACUGUAAUCUUCAGGGCUGUGAUGUAGAGUAGGCCUUGUUAUAUUUUUGUAUUAUGUUCAAAUCCAGGUGUCUAGUCCUGUGUUCAGAGUCAGAGGCUGUUCUUGCUGGUUCUGUGUUCUAACCUAACUGGUUCUAUCCAUCAUUUGAAUGUUUAAAAAUGUUGAAUUAUAUUAUGUUGUAUUUGAUUUUGUGACACUGCUUCCUACAUUAUUAACACAUCCCAUCACAUUCCAACUGCUAAACAGCACAUGUUAUAGUUAACCAUGUAAUUUGUUAACUAGCAUAGAUUAUGUCCAUGUUUAUAAUAUAACCGCAAGGCGGCAUCAAUUAAAUAUGCACCCGCAAUAACGCAUUUAAAGCAUCAACGUCUGAUAACAACAUAAACUGAACAUAGCAUGACUACGCAAAACAGCAUUAUAGAUACUUACAGGUACCUGAACCCACACAAUUGAAAUAAUAAUCUUCAAACUGAAAUGUUUGUCUGAACAUCAUCUGCAUCGCCACUCCUGUGCUCUGCUUUUUGCGCCGCUGAGUACCAUCAACUCAAUUAUCCCCAGACUCUCACUCUGAUUGGCUGUACAAGAGUAGCCAUCAGGGGUGCAUGCACUCACGUGUGGUUGUCAGGAGUUCUUACCGUUAAAACACGUGUUAUGGUAGUUUUAAAGUGGAAAAGGUAAGUGGUUCACUUUACCCCAUUGAUUUCUCUGGUCUGUCUCACUUUACCCCUAAGCUGGGGUAAAGUGAGACACAAGACCAUAAAAAGUAAAACAAUCAUAUUUUCACUGCCAUUUGUCCUGAAGACAUUCUGAUCAUUUCCAUUACAAAGAAACAUCCUGAAUUAAUGGGAAAUGUGUUAAUUUUACUGAUACAUAAUUUUAGCUCGCCUAGAGGAAGCAAAUGUAAAAAGUGUCUCACAUUACCUCACUCUCCCCUACUGUCUGUUUAUAAAGUUUAGGUCUGUUGUCUGUUUGUACUGUGUACUGCCUGUUUUAUUAAGUGUAGUUGUCUGUUUGGACGGUACUGUCUGUUUAAUUAAGUGUAGGCCUGUUGUCUUUAUAUACUGUGUACUGUCUGUUUUAUUAAGUGUAAGCCUGUUGUCUAUUUGGACAGUACUGUCUGUUUUAUAAAGUGUAGGCCUUUUUUCUGUUUGAACUGUACUGUCUGUUUUAUAAAGUGUAGGCCUGUUGUCUGUUAACACUGGACAGUUUUCUUAUUGCAUCGUUAUUUCUUGUUACAAUACUUUUGUAUGUAAUCAAUAUACUUGACUGUAAUCUUACUUUUGUCCAUGAGAUGGCGUCGAAUUAUUAAGGGCAAAUGUGCCUGUAGUUCAUCACGGUCUGUGGUUUUAUUUCUGACCAUUAUAUUAUAUAUAUUUAGCAAGUGAAGGUUGUUUGUCUGCUAAGCUUAAACAUGGGCCUAUUAGGCUAAUAGUGGCCCAUUAUAAGCAUGUUACAUCACAUGUCACAAAUUUUGGAUUUCUAAGUAGCCUCGGGCUAAUCUCAUAUCACAAUUCGGAUUAUUAAACCCAGAAAUUACAAAUGUGUGUGUCUGCGUUUGAGUUGACCGUGUGGAUUAUAGGGUAGACUGCGUGGUUUCCCCGCAGGACGCAACAUCCUAAUCUCUCCAAUCCCACCUAAAGCCACACAGCCCCAGGCACAUCAGCUCUUCAUUUAACCUGAGAGUAUACACACAAGGACGGCCUCCU